GAGAGAGAGAGUAGGAUUGGGUUCUCAAUGUGGAGGACGGUCCGUAACUCAUACGUCACGUAUUACUUAGGGCACAUUGGCAUAAGACACCCUGAAAUAUCAACUUGUUAUAAUCUGGUUUCCAAAAGAAGCUACCGAUUCAAUUUUUGCAGGUGCGAUGCUGUGCCUUACAGUUCUGACGCUUUUGGUCAAUUCCUCAACGAUGCCUUUUUGGGCUUGUCCAAGAAGUUUCAAGAAGCUGCAACGUUACCAUUCAGUCGUGAUAUGAAUUCACUGAAUCCUUUCAAACUGGUAGGUAAGGAGUUAUCAGGUAUUGCAAAAUCGUUUGAGGAAGCAGUGGCUGUAAAUCAUCCUGUGUUACAACGAGCAGCGAGUUACUUUCUCAACAUUACUGGUAAACGCUUUCGUCCAACUAUAGUGAUACUUAUGGCAUAUGCAGUGAAUGCUACCCAUUCAAGGCGAGUUGAUUCAACCAGUGCUCGAGAUAGCGACGAAAGUCACUCUAUGGAAAGCUCUCCCCAUAUUCUACCUUCCCAGUUAAAAUUGGCAGAAAUAGCUGAACUAAUACACGUAGCCAGCUUGUUACACGAUGAUGUUAUCGAUGUUGCUGACACUCGCAGAGGAGUGAAGUCAGUUAAUGCCCUCUUUGGUAAUCAACUUAGUGUUUUAGCUGGCGAUUUUUUGUUGUCACGUGCUUCAGUGAGUUUAGCGAGAUUGAGGAAUUGUGAUGUUGUGGAAUUGUUGUCCACAGUUAUUGAGCACUUGGUACAUGGAGAAGUCUUACAAAUGACUGCAGAUGAAGAUAACUCAAAAGACAAAUUGGAAGUUUAUUUACAGAAGACAUUUCUCAAGACAGCUUCGCUGAUUGCCAAUUCUUGCCAAGCUGUGGCUCUUCUUUCAAAUUGUCCGAAAGAGAUAGUUCAAGUGGCUUUUGAAUAUGGUCGUCAUUUGGGUUUAGCUUAUCAGUUGGUGGACGACGCUUUAGACUUUACAGGGACAUCCUCUAGCUUGGGGAAGCCAGCCUUGGCGGAUAUUCACCAAGGUACUCUUACAGCACCAGUAUUAUUUGCCAUAGAGCAGUUUCCAGAGAUACGUGAAUAUGCCAAGAGAAGGUUUCAGUAUCCCGAUGAUAUUUCCAAGACCUUAGGUGCCGUAGAGAAAAGUAAAGGCAUAGAACGAACUUUGGAUUUGGCCAAGGAACACUGUUGCUUAGCGAAAGAAGGAAUUACUCAAACAUUGCAGGACACCAGCUACCGCCAAGCAUUGUUAGAGAUGGCUGACUUUGUAUUGACGAGGAAGCAAUAGACAAUGUAUAUAGACAUUGUUAGUAGCACUGACAUUCCUUUAGAGAUAUGACUGUUAUUUCCUGUCGAGA